CCAUAUAUAGGCUGAACGCGCCCAAUGACAAAAAUAACAAGACUGUCACACACCACAAAUUUAAUCUAAUUUAAAAAUGUGGACACCCGUUGUUAUCAAUGACACUAAUUACCUUCUCAAAUGUGUUAAGGAAUCAAAUAUAACGAUAUACAUAACCGAUUUUCUAGACAUGUGGUCUGAAGAACUGACACCAAUACAAUUAGUUGAACGUUUUCAGAUCCAUCAAAAUGUUUCAAAUCCAUCGACAUCAAACACAGGACCGUCAGUUACAUGGCACCCCUGCAGUAGACCAGAAAUAGCGGCAACCGCUAGGACAUUUAGUACAUUAAGGACCCAUCAACCCGGUUCUCUACCUGAUUACAAAGUUGACCCUUAUCGUCUUUUAGAAGAUGACCUUAAAGAUGUAUACGUGGAUAUUAGAAAGCAAUUGCGGCUAAAUACGCAUCAAGAGGAAUUAUAUGAAAUAGCCACGUAUUAUUUUGAUGGUCAAGGUAAAUCUCUUCGGCCGAUGGUGGGAAUUCUAAUGGGAAGGGCAAUGAAUUAUCACAUGUAUAAAGAUAGAAGUGCAAUUUUACCAUCUCAAAGAGAGGUAGCAAUGAUAGCCGAAAUGAUCCAUUCCGCAUCACUCAUUCACGAUGACGUUAUUGACCAAUCUGAUUUUCGAAGAGGAAAACCUAGUGCAAACGUGUUAUGGAGUCAUAAAAAGGUUACAAUGGCUGGAGAUUUCAUCUUAGCAAUCGCAUCCAUGAUGAUCGCCAAAUUAAAAAAUGAUGACGUUACAUUAGUCCUUAGCCAGGUAGUAACUGAUUUAGUUCAAGGGGAAUUUAUGCAGCUAGGAUCGAAGGAAACGGAAAACGAACGAUUUGCUCAUUACCUUACCAAAACGUAUAGGAAAACAGCGUCAUUAAUUGCAAACACAUUAAAAGCAGUGGCAAUGUUAACUUGUGCCGAUGAUGAUAAAUUACCAGAAUUAGCAUUUCAAUAUGGCCGUAAUGUUGGUUUAGCUUUUCAAUUAGUUGAUGAUCUUUUAGAUUUUGUUUCAUCGUCCGAAGCAAUGGGAAAACCUGCCGCUGCGGAUUUAAAGUUGGGAUUGGCAACGGCUCCCGUUCUUUUUGCAUGCGAGAAGUUUCCCGAGUUAAACCCAAUGAUCAUGCGGAGGUUUCAAGAGAAGGGUGAUGUUGAGAAAGCCUUCGAGUUAGUACACAAAUCUCAAGGAUUGGAACAAACUCAAUUUUUAGCAAGACAACAUUGUCAAGAAGCAAUGCGUAUUGCUAAUUUGCUCAGACAAAGCCCAUUUCAAAAAGCUCUUAUAGUGGUGGCUGAUCUUGUUUUAAAUCGUAUAAAAUAGGAUAAGUCGCCAAUUGCACAUUUUUUGUAUAAAGUUGUUCAUAUUAGAUAGGAUUAAGUGUCAGAUAUAAGUUAUGUACGUACCUGUAUUCUCAAUUCUAGAUUGAAUGAAAAAAUUUUUGUAAACAGUUCAUUUUGUUGGUCAGUGUUUAAUACUUAACGUUACUUUUAAUGAAAAGCUCACCUUUGAACGCGUUUCUUAAAUAACAUUAGACUUGUUUUCCAUAAGUUGAAACCAAAGCACAAAUUACAAUCAUUUUUAUAGUAUCAAAUAAAGGUGUGCAAUUUAAAAUUUUAUAAACUCAAUGGGCAAUUGUAAAUAACAACUGAUAUUAUUACUUAUAUGCUUGAAGUAAUUUGACAGUUAUUUAAAUUACAAUUAUUCAAAUUGAAUAUGUUAAAUAUUGUAUGUAAACAAAAAUUUUCAAUUUGAGUGAAAAGAUUGUUAAUCUUGUCUACAGCGUGUCUGAAUGAUGCAGGUAAGUUCUGGUACAGUCACAGUGUAUUGUGACUGUACAGUUGCAUCCAAGUCAUAUUUUAUUUAGUAUUUAAUUGUAAAGAUUACUUAUUUAUACAUUUAAUAAUGAAUAAAAUCAUUCAAUAUAUAUAUUUAUCGGUACUUACUUAAAACAUACAUAUUGUAUUGAAAUAUUAUUUGUCAACAUAAAACUAUCUUGAUUGAAUGAAAAAUAAUGUUUCUUAAAUAAAAAAAAAGAUGGCAGUCUUUGUAAUCAAU